CGUGGAACCGCCUCCGUCCGCAGGUUUGUGGCUACUUUCGACAUCGGACUGAUCAGCAGUAGUCGGGACCGCGGCGCAGGCAGAGAAGAUGGGCUACUUUCCCGACUUUUCCAUCGAGACUUGGACUUUAAUAGUCAUUUUCUUCACUCUUGUUGCCAUAUAUGGGUAUGCUCCCUAUGGCUUUUUCAAGAAAAUAGGCAUCAAGGGACCCAGACCUUUACCUUUCAUUGGGACUUUUCUGGAAUACCGACAGGGCAUCCACAAUUUUGACACAAAAUGCUUUGAGAAGUAUGGGAAGAUGUGGGGGUUGUACGAUGGCAGACAGCCUUUAUUGGCUAUAAUGGACACAGCUAUGAUCAAGACGAUCCUGGUUAAAGAGUGUUACUCUGUCUUCACCAACAGACGGGAUUUUGGUCUAAAUGGACCGUUGCGUGACGCUGUAUCAGUGGUAGAAGAUGAGGAAUGGAAGAGGAUUCGCAGUGUGCUCUCUCCGUCAUUCACCAGUGGUCGACUGAAAGAGAUGUACGCAAUAAUGUUGAAGCACUCAAGCAAUCUGAUCAAGAAUCUGGAGAAGAAAGCAGAGGCGGAUGCAGUCGUAGAAGUUAAAGAAGUCUUUGGACCGUACAGCAUGGAUGUUGUAACCAGCACUGCCUUCAGCGUGGACAUUGAUUCUAUCAACCACCCCACUGAUCCUUUUGUAGCAAACAUCAAAAGAAUGGUCAAGUUUAACAUGCUGAAUCCUUUGUUAGUGCUUGUGGUUCUGUUUCCAUUCUUGCUGCCACUUUUGGAGAAGAUGGACGUGUCAUUCUUCCCCAGUGAAGUAUUGAAAUUCUUCUACAGCUUUCUCAAGACGAUCAAAUCGGACCGGAAUAAGAAUGACCACAAGAACCGAGUGGACUUCAUGCAGCUGAUGGUGGAUUCUCAAGUCGCAGAGAUCAAACAAGAAGAUGAAAGCUCCAUGAAAGGACUGACCGAUCAGGAGAUUCUUGCUCAGGCCAUGAUAUUUAUCUUUGCUGGUUAUGAAACCAGUAGCAGCACACUCAGCUUCGUGGCCUACAAUCUGGCAACCAACCCUCACAUCCAAAAGACACUGCAAAAGGAGAUUGAUGAAACCUUCCCCGAAAAGGUUCGGCCAAACUACGAUGGCCUGAUGCAGAUGGAAUACCUGGACAUGGUGGUGAAUGAAUCAAUGAGGCUGUACCCCAUUGCUACUCGAUUAGAGAGAGUGUCAAAGACAUCUGUUGAGGUAAACGGUGUGACUGUACCUAAAGGAACCACCAUUAUGAUACCAGUUUACACUCUCCAUCGUGACCCUUCACUGUGGCCUGAGCCUGAGGCCUUCAAACCUGAAAGGUUCAGCAAAGAGAAUAAGGACAACAUAGAUCCUUAUGCCUUCCUACCCUUUGGAGCUGGACCAAGGAACUGUAUUGGGAUGCGAUUUGCACAGUUGAUGAUGAAGUUGGCCUUAGUGGAAAUCCUUCAGAACUUCAGCUUUGUCACAUGCAAGGAGACAGACAUUCCAAUGGAGCUGGGAAAUGAUGGAUUUACAACACCCAAGAACCCAAUCAAGCUGAAGCUUGAGCCCAGGAAGACUGCUGCCGAUUGUCCUACGAGCUAAAUGAUUAAAUGCAACCCAGCUAGUCUCCCUUUUGCUUUCUCACUAUCAAAUCAAAGUUGCUUAUGCUGCCUCAAGUGCCUCUUAUAAUAUAUAUAUAUAUAUAUAUAUAUAUAUAUAUAUAUAUAUAUAUAUAUAUAUAUAUAUAUAUAUAUAUAUAUAUAUAUAUUGCUCAAAAAUACAUUAAACACUUGUUGAAAUAUGCACAUGCACAGUGUACUGUAUAUCAAGGCACUGGUCCAAACAGAGCACAUAUCAGUAAUCUAGGUUUCAUUGGUACUAUAGAAUUUAAGAGUUUAUUCAGCAAAACUGUUCAUAUUUAAAGGACAUACUUUACUAUGAUAGAACAUUCAAUAAAUGUUUUAUUUACGCUUCUGCAACUCUAUACAAUUUCAAAAAAUCCAGACAACUAGGCUUUAAAAGCUGAGUCCUACAAAACAAAAUGCCAUUGAUGUUUUUGUCAUAUUUAUCUCAUCUGUAAUCUUUUCAAAUCCUGAAUAUUAACAAUAUAAUAAUUCCAACUUCUUGAA